AUGUUGGAUGAUGGACAGGCUGGUGACAUGGUUGGACUUCUGGUACGUUCGCUAAAGAGAGAAGUCAUCAUGCACUGGAUGGUGAUUGCGAAGCCUGGUGUUGGCACUUUUUCAACAAAGUUUAAGGCAGAGAUCUACGUUCUCUUCGAGAUAGAAGGUGGGCGUAAAACUCUUUUUUUCUCCAACUUCAGUCCUCAAUUCUUUCUAAGGACGGCAUAUGUCACUGGAAGAGUAAAAUUGGGUGAAAAGGUGAAGAUAGUCAUCCCCUGGUGA